AAAGGACCCCACAACAGUCGUCACGUUUAGAGAGCGAACACAAACACAAACACUUGUUGAGAAGCAACGUGGCCGCUCGGUUUGAGCUGGACUGGAAGAAGACACCUGAGGACAUGUCGAGGGACAAGACGCAGCUGAAAACACGAGGCUUCACCGUGAAGGCCACGAUGAAGAACUCCGUGGUGGUGGGUCCUCCGGCUGCAGGGGCUUUUCGUGAACGUCCUUCCAAACCAACCACCUUUCGUAAGUUCUAUGAGCGUGGAGAGUUUCCAAUGGCCCUGGAGCAUGACGCCAAAGGAAACCACAUUGCAUGGAAGGUGGAGAUCGAGAAGCUGGACUAUCUUCACUACUUGCCUCUGUUCUUUGACGGCUUAUGCGAGACGGCUCAUCCAUACGAGUUCUUCGCCCGCCAGGGAGUCCAUGACAUGCUGGAGCACGGAGGCCCCAAGAUCCAGCCUGUCAUUCCCCAGCUCAUCAUCCCCAUCAAGAACGCCCUGAACACGAGGAACCGCCAGGUGAUCUGCACCACGCUCAAAGUCCUGCAGCAUCUGGUGAUGUCUGCAGACAUGGUGGGAGAGGCCCUGGUUCCGUACUACCGACAGAUCCUCCCCAUUCUCAACAUCUUCAAGAGCGUGAACAACAUGAGGACAAGCUGCUGGGCGGUUCAAGGAAAAAUGACCCGAGCUACGCCACAUACCUGCCCCCCUCACCCUGCACAUAUGACGGAGUAA